CUCCUCCAACCGCACCAGCAGUGUUGCAGACAAAGUCUCCCAGGACUCUUCGUUCUCCUAUCUUCAGGCUAAUCGUUCUCAUCUCUCUUGCUCUUGCUCUCUGCACCUUUGGUCCUCUCCCGGGCGGCGUUCUUCGGGAUGAACGGUCUCAGCUUCUCUCACAUUCCGGUUCUCAGACUAUCACGGUCGAUCCGGCCGAAGAAUGGAAAGACAACAUCUGGCCUAUGCGUCCACAGGCUCCUUGGGACAUUUCUACCGACCUACCGCACCCACGCGUGUUGGAGUAUGACGUUGAUGAGGGCACAUGGCUUAGGCUAGAUGUCAAUGCCAAGACGGGCGAAAUCAUCUUCGACAUGCUUGGAGACAUCUAUUGUCUCGACGUGAAUGCUUAUACCGCGCCUCUCGACUCACCAGCGAAGGCACUUCCCGUCUUACUAGGGGUUCCACACGAUUCCGACCCUCAUUUCUCACCCGAGGGUGGUAGAAUUGUUUGGAGGAGUGAUGCAGAACUGGGCCUGGAGAAUAUAUGGGUGAAAGAGUGGAGAGGAUGUGCUCAAGAGAACGUCAGGCCCGCAUUGCACGUGGAUGAAGGCACAGAGGGAGAUCUGCAACAUGCGCUUGCCACCCAGGAAAGUGAUGAGGCUUUGCUGGCUAGUGGAGUGAAGGAGACGGCCCAGAGGAAGAUUAGGAGAUUAAUCCGUGAGGGCAGGUAUGGAGCACAACGCGUGACCAACGAGACGUAUCGUUGGGUAUCGGACGCUCGCUUCCACCCAUCCGGCACCAAAGUUGUUGCUACCAAGUGGUUCACUGGCGAGCGCAGUCUGGGUGCUGGGGAGCCUCAUGAGUUCCCAGUCCCUACACUUAGCGAAGAGCAGCGACCGGCGAGUAUCCCUGCUUGGAGUGGGAUAUUACUUGUUGGUCGUACUUUACCACCUGGAUGGUCGGCGGAGCAGUACGGGGAGGUCCAGAUUGGAGCGGAACAGAGCAUCUGGAGGGGAAAUGAUUCUAUCAUCUAUGCCAAGGAUGUACGAGACACAGACGGUACAUGGACCUACUCGAAAGAUGUACACAAAGGGAUUUACUCGAUCUUCUACAAGAACUUGACCACUGGGAGGACAGAAACCCUUGUGGAUGCCUUCCCCGGAGGAGCCAACAGGCCCGAACUGUCUCGUGAUGGGAGAACCUUGGCGUUUGUUCGCCGGGUCAGGGACAAAGAGGCGCUAGUAUUGAAGGAUCUCGAGACCGGGACGAUUCGUAACAUCUGGUAUGGUCUCACGUACGACGCAAGUACUGUGAGCGCUCCAAUGGGCACCUAUCCAUCUUUCGCAUUCACCCCAUCCGACUCCGGUAUUGUCAUCUGGGCAGGAGGGAAGAUCUGGCACGUUCCUCUCACCACUACUUCAGAAAAUGAAAAGGUGGCCGGCGGAACCCCUGCCAUCAUCCAUUUUACUGCACGCAUUGAAAAGAGGCUAGCGGAAACUCGCAAGUCCGAGACCGACAUCUUAAAGCUAGAGACCAGGGAAACGCAGCAAGUACACGCUUUCCGAGGCCUCAAGGCGGGCCAUACUGGGGAGAGAGUCCUCGUCGAAGCUCACGGGAAAACCUAUAUAGUCACCCUGAAGGACAGCAAGCCUGCCCUAGUCCCAUCUCUGAGCAUCGAAUCACCUUAUUACGCACCUACGUUCGUACAUGGAGUGGACGACAUUGUACUUCAUGCUCGCUGGAGCGACAUCGAUUUCACGACUUUCGAGAUUGCGAACCUGACGUCGGGAGAAUCAUACGAGAUCACUCAGCUUCCCAAGGGCCGUUAUCUUACUCCGACGCUAUGCGAAUGUUCUGGACUGGGGCGCAAGAUCGCAUUCGUGAAGAGCGGUGGAGACGGCAUGACUGGAUCCAUCGUAGCCACCGCAAACCCAGGUAUCUAUGUCGGUGACUUGACCCUCCCUUCGCCUGGCUCUUCCAAGACCGUCCCUGUCAGCCACUUGACCUUCAUCCCCUCCGGAAUCGACGUCGACAGCGUUCUCUCCAUCAAGUUCCUAGAUGACAAUGCAAGACUCCUCGUGCAACAGUCCAACAAAGCGUUCGUCAUCGAUCUCGCUGCCGGUCCAAAUGCAUUAGGUGACUACAAACAGCAUACGCUCGCUGAAGGCAGGAUGGCGGCGGAGUUGAGUAUCACGACCAAGGCCUCGGAGGUGAAGGGUGGAAACUGGUCGGUCGAGGCAGCAGAUGUGGCUUUCGUGGAUCUUAUGCAAGUCUAUGUGGGCAAGGCGCCAAAGGCGGGGGAGAAGGUGUGGUCCAAGCCUGGGAAUGCGACGAGUGGUAUCGCGCGGGUAAGCUGGGAUGGUGGACAUCAUAUCGCCUGGAGUGGUGAUGGGAAGAGACUCUUCUGGUUCCUUGGCCCCUACCUCCACUCUCUGGAGGUUUCUCGACUGAGAAAGUGCUCGUCCGAGAUUGAGAAGGACGGUCAGACCUUCGGUAUUGACUGCAUGAAGAAACACCUCGAAUUUCAACAAGUUGUCGUCAUGUAUCCCACCGCCAUUCAACAGUUGAAGACAGAAGCUGCUCUGAGAAACCCCAAUGUUAGACAUUCAGAUAUGCUAAUCAUCACCAAUGCCACGAUCUUAACCAUGGAGAGUGGGCUGUCUGCUGAUGAAGCUCUUGUCGCGAAUGGAGUGCUCGUUACCAGCGGUGGUGUAAUUGAGGGUAUCACAAGCAUGCAAGAGCUUGUUGUACCAGAUGGUGCAACGGUAAUCAAUGCUGAGGGCGGUUACGUCGUUCCGGGCUUUAUUGACGCCCACGCUCACUGGAACGGUGGUAGUACCACAUUCCCGACGAAAUCCUGGGAAAUGCAAGCCUUCCUCGCGUAUGGUGUAACCACGUUACACAACCCGAGCUCCGAUACUGUGGGCACCUUCGACGAGAGGAAUAGGCUCGAGAGCGGGCAGUUCAUUGGGCCUAGGAUAUUUCAGACGGGACAGCCGAUUUAUGGCGCUGGAAGUGACGCUAGUCACCACGACAUUGCGGAUGAUGCGGAGGCAUAUUCAGCCCUAGUCAGGAUCAAGGUGGAAGGUGGACCCGCCAGCUUUUCUUACAAGAACUACAAUCUGCCCUCUCGUGCAUCUCGUCAAAGAGUGCUCCUGGCCGCGAAGAAUUUGAGUAUGAUCAGCGUUGCUGAAGGUGGGAUGAAUCAAGACUGGGAUCUUGCGUACAUAGUCGACGGAAUCACGGUCGUGGAACACAAUCUGCCUGUGACUGAGUUGUAUGACGAUGUAUUGACUCUAUUCGCCCUGAGUGGUUCUGGCUCCACGCCCACGCACAUUGUCAACUACGGAGGUCCAUUUGGUGAGCAGUGGUUGUGGGCAACAGAGGACAUCCCGAACGAUGAAAAGUUGCGUCGAUUUGUGCCACACGCCAACCUGGAGGCCACUUCGGAAACUUUCAGCAGACCUCUCAAUUCCUUCGCUCUAUUUAACUCCUCCGCCUCAAUUGCGAAAAUGGUGCAGAAGGGAUUGCAUGCGCAUAUCGGCGCUCAUGGCGAAAAUCCUCUCGGGGUUAUGUACCACCAGGAGAUGUGGUUCGCCCGCCAGGGUGGACUGUCAAACUAUGAGGUGUUACGAGCCGCCACAUCCGACGCCGCAGAAACGCUCGGUCUCCUCUCGUCGCUCGGUACACUCAGCCCCGGGAAACUUGCAGACUUCGUUUUGUAUCCUCCUGGAAUAGACCUUCUCGGGGACGACAUCCGGACGACGAGACAGAUUCGGUAUGUAGCGAGGGGCGGUAGGCUAUGGGAUGUAUCGAUCAUGGAGGAAGUGUGGCCAGCGAAGGGAAAGAGGCAAGUUAUGCCACCUUUAAACGCGGACUGAGCCUGUAGUAUGGUGAUCUGUGGCCAUCCAUCUGCUCUUCACGAUGUACAAUGAAUUCUUUC